AUUACAUUAAUUUCUUCUCACAAUAACACAACAAAUUUUUCAUAUGAUAUUUGUCAGAAAAAUACAUACACGUCUAUGUAUUUAUCACAAUUUCUUACAAGCAUUCCAAUAACAAGUCCACUAAUGUACAACAUACAAAACAAUCAUUAUAACCAUUUUGUUUCAUAAAUCAUAAUAAAACAGCUGACACCCAUGAAUAAAUAAAUAAGUUCAUGUAUUUUAUUCAUUUAUUCAUUUAAUUUUUCUGAAAAUGCCACAAAAUUUGAAUAAGAUCUGGGAGUGGUGGAGGUCGCCGGCGAUUUGAUUGCACCGAUGACUUUACCGGCAUCCGUACAAUUCAUUUCAUGGAGUUAAAGAUUUCUUCAAUAAUAACCAUUAAUAAUAAUUAUAAAAAUAUUAGUAUUUCAAGAUGCAUUGUUUUCCCCACAAGGAAAUUGUUGACUGAGCUAUUUGUUCUUCAGAUUAUUUUAGUGUUAGUAUUUUUCGACAUCGGCCAAGCAAAAUUAGUGGAAAAAGAGUUACAACGGCAAGUGCAAAGGUUUGAAGAGAAUGGUGAAAAUAUUCAAUCCCAUUCGUGUAUCCAUGAUCAAAUAAUUGAACAAAGAAGGAAAAGACCUGGACACAAGGUGUUUUCAGUUACACCACAGGUUUAUCAUGGGUCAGGCCAUCUUCACCAUAGGGGAAGAGAGUUAUUGGGAGCUUAUAAAUCACAAAGGAUUUUCAAGGAUGCAAAGUUACCGAUAAGAAUUUAUUUAAACUAUGAUGCCGUGGGUCACUCACCUGAUAGGGAUUGUAGGAAUGUUGGAGAUAUAGUUAAGCUAGGCGAGCCUCCCGUGGCUUCUGAUUCUGGUAGGCCCUUGUGCAAUCCUCCGGUUUUUGGUGACUGUUGGUAUAAUUGCACUCUGGAUGAUAUAACUGGGGAGGACAAAAGGCGUCGCCUUCAUAAGGCUUUAGGGCAGACAGCAGAAUGGUUUAGUAGAGCUUUGGCUGUUGAACGCGUGAGAGGAAACCUAAGGUUAAGCGGUUACUCUGCUUGUGGUCAAGAUGGCGGUGUUCAGCUUCCACGCAAAUACAUAGAAGUGGGCGUUGCCGAUGCAGAUCUAGUUCUUUUGGUGACCACAAGGCCCACUACAGGCAACACCCUGGCAUGGGCUGUAGCAUGUGAACGUGAUCAAUGGGGUCGUGCAAUUGCCGGACAUGUGAAUGUUGCUCCUCGUCACUUGACAGCAGAAGCAGAAACAUUACUUUCGGCUACCCUCUUACAUGAAGUGAUUCACGUUCUUGGGUUUGACCCUCAUGCCUUCACACACUUUAGAGAUGAGAGAAAAAGACGACGUAUUCAGGUCACCAGACAAACCAUGGACGAAAAGCUUGGGAGGAUGGUAACUCGUGUGGUCCUUCCACGUGUUGUCAUGCAUUCACGCUAUCAUUACGGGGCAUUUUCCGAGAAUUUCACUGGUCUGGAGCUUGAAGAUGGUGGAGGUCGUGGAACAUCAGGAUCUCACUGGGAGAAGAGACUUUUGAUGAAUGAAAUAAUGACUGGUUCUGUUGAUACAAGAUCUGUAGUUUCAAAAAUGACAUUAGCGUUGCUAGAAGAUAGUGGCUGGUAUCAAGCUAAUUAUAGCAUGGCAGACCGACUCGAUUGGGGCCGAAAUCAGGGGACCGAUUUUGUUACGACCCGUUGCAAUCUUUGGAAAGGGGCAUAUCAUUGCAACACAACACAAUUUUCCGGAUGUACAUAUAACAGGGAAGCCGAGGGUUAUUGUCCAAUUGUAAAUUAUAGUGGGGACCUACCACAUUCGGCCCGUUAUUUUCCUCAGGCUAACAAAGGUGGGCAAUCAGCAUUGGCUGAUUACUGCACCUAUUUUGUAGCUUACUCUGAUGGUUCAUGUGUAGACACUAAUAGUGCACGGAUACCUGACAGAAUGUUGGGGGAAGUCCGUGGAAGUAACUCGAGGUGUAUGGCCUCUUCAUUAGUACGUACUGGGUUCGUUAGGGGUUCUAUGACACAAGGAAAUGGUUGUUACCAACAUAGGUGCGUCAACGGGACUUUGGAGGUUGCUGUUGAUGGCAUAUGGAAGGCGUGCCCGGAAGCUGGUGGACCCGUUCAGUUUCCUGGAUUUAAUGGCGAGCUAAUCUGCCCUGCAUAUAAUGAACUUUGUGGUAUAAAGCCUCUUCUCAUGUCCCAACAGUGUCCCAAUUCAUGCAAUUCAAAUGGCGACUGUGUUGAUGGAAAGUGUAUUUGCUUUCUUGGGUUUGAUGGCCAUGAUUGUAGCAAGCGGUCUUGUCCUAGCAAUUGUAAUGGACAUGGAAAGUGCCAUAAGAAUGGUAUGUGUGAAUGUUCAUAUGGGUUCACCGGGAUCGACUGUUCUACUGCGAUAUGUGAUGAACAAUGCAGCCUUCAUGGCGGAGUGUGUGAUAACGGGGUGUGUGAAUUUCGGUGCUCUGACUAUGCAGGCUACACUUGUCAAAACAGUUCUUUGGUCCUUGAUAAUCUUUCAAUUUGCAAAGAUGUUUUAAUUAAUGAAGGUGGUGGCCAACACUGUGCUCCUAGUGAAUCAAGCAUCUUGAGGCAGUUGGAGGAUGUGGUGGUGAUGCCCAAUUAUCAUCGCCUGUACCCAAGUGGUGCUAGAAAGAUUCUCAACAUGUUCAUAGGCAGAAACUGUGAUAAAGCAGCCAAACGGCUUGCAUGUUGGAUAUCAAUUCAGAAGUGUGAGAAAGACGGUAACAAUAGAUUAAGAGUAUGUUAUUCAGCAUGCCAAGCGUAUAAUCUGGCAUGUGGAGCGUCACUAGAUUGUUCAGACCAAACACUUUUCAGUGACAAAGGUCUAUGCACAGGUUCGGGUGAGAUGGAGUCAUGGUUUUGAAUCCCUGUAUAUCAUAGAACAGUUUUUUUGGUUCACUUUUUCCCGUGUAUUUUUGUAGAUAUAUUAUUGUAAAGGAAAAGUCAGCACAAAGUGCAUUGGCUUUAGGGUUGUUUGUUGUCCCCACCCAAGAAUUUUCAUGGAUGUAAAAAAUAUGCAAUGCAUGUUAAUGAAAAUAACCCCCCAAAAAAUGAAAGAAGAAAUUCAAUGGGAUUUGUUCA